AACAGAGGAGAACAAAGAAAAGCGCCCCCGGUCACCUAUUGAGUUUUGCCUUUUUAAAGUAAAUAAGGUCAGAAAUAAGGUGAAAAGGAGACUGGAGUGCCACUUUAAGAGUAGUCCCUGUACCGGUUAGUCCGGUUAGUCCCCACCCAAACACAAGCGUACCUUGUAUGCGUGAAAAUGGAAACCGAUUGGUGGAAACCAGAGGACCGAGGCUGCUGUAGUGUACCUGGGCACACUGCUUGCGGGGCUGAAUAAUUAUUGGACUAGGCUACACGUGAAAUCAGAUCACUUUUUCUCCCAAAUAGUUGGAAGAAAGAAGUAGCUAGUUUAGUAGCCUACUAAAGUCGGGAGGCAGUCGAUCCAAAUGUUUUGUCCAUAAACUUUUUUGAACUUUUCCUAUUGUUAAGAAUGAACAACUACACUGCACAAAAGGUCCAUUGAUUAUAGGACAAGGGCCGCUCCACUGCCACUCUAUUGAGAAGGUAUCACGUCGCCAUGACAGAGAAGGACACAUCUUCCUUUGCUGUGACCAAAGCUGCCCUGUCCUCGGGCUCAGAGAAGGGAGGAGGAGGUGGAAUUGGAGAGGGACAGCCUGAUGCCAGUAGUUCCAACUCUGAUCUAUCGGCACUGGCCAACCUGUUUGAGAGUGAGGGGGGCUCCCAGUCAACUCCGGACCUGCCCCAGGACCCUGCUCAGAAUCUAGCCCGACCAGGCCAGCUGCAGCCAGGGGACGGCCGACAGAACCUCCGCAUGAAGUUCCACGGUGCCUUUAAGAAGGGCAUCUCCAACCCCAUGGACUUGCUGGAGUCUACCAUCUAUGAGUCACCAGUGGUGACCGGCCCCAAGAAAGCCCCCAUGGACUCAAUCUUUGAAUAUGGUACCUACAGUCACCACAACAACAAGAAGCAAGGCAGGAAGAAGCUCCUACGAGGUGAGAUUGAUAUGUCCUGUGAUGAAAGUGUGGACCCUACAGGCUCAGAUCCACCCAAGGUGAUUAAAGAGUUUAACUGCACGCUGCUCUUCGAUGGCGUGUCACAGGCCGACCCAGAGGCCCUCUCAGGCCUGCUGGAGUACCUACAGGGUCACAACAAGAGGCUCACCGAUGAGGAGUUCAAAGAAUCUUCUACAGGUAAGACGUGCCUGCCUAAAGCCCUUCUGAACCUGUACAACGGUCAGAAUGACACCAUCCCUCUGCUGAUGAAUAUCGCAGAGCAGACAGGCAACCUCCAUGAUUUCAUCAACACGCCCUUCAGAGAUGUCUACUACAGAGGCCAGACGGCGCUCCACAUCGCCAUCGAGAGGCGCUGUAAGCAGUAUGUGGAGAUGCUGGUGGAGAAAGGGGCAGACGUCCACGCCCAGGCCCGCGGACGCUUCUUCCAACCCAGGGACGAGGGAGGCUACUUCUACUUUGGCGAGCUGCCUCUGUCGCUGGCAGCGUGCACCAACCAGCCAAACAUGGUACACUACCUGACCGAGAACGCCCACAAGAAAGCCGACCUUAGACGGCAGGACUCACGCGGCAACACUGUGCUGCACGCCCUGGUGCACAUCGCCGACAACACUCGGGACAACACCCGCUUCCUCACUAAGAUGUAUGACCUGCUGCUGACCAAGUGUGCCAAGCUCUACCCAGAAGGCAGUCUUGAGGACGUGCUCAACAACGACGGCAUGUCGCCCCUCAUGAUGGCGGCCAAGCUGGGAAAAAUUGGGGUUUUCCAGCACAUAAUUCGCAGGGAAAUCAAGAACGAGGAGGCGCGUCACCUCUCGCGGAAGUUUAAGGACUGGGCGUACGGCCCCGUGUACUCCUCCCUGUACGACCUCUCCUCCCUGGACACCUGUGGAGAGGAGGUGUCCGUGCUAGAGAUCCUGGUCUACAACAGUCGCACUGAGAAUCGCCAUGAGAUGCUGGCUGUGGAGCCCAUCAACGAGCUGCUGAGAGCCAAGUGGCAGAAGUUUGCUGCCGUCACCUUCUACAUCAGUGUUGUGUCUUACCUGUUGACCAUGAUCAUCUUCACACUGGUAGCCUACUACCACCCAUCCGAGGGAACGCCUCCGUACUCCUAUACCACCAACACAGACUACCUGCGUAUGGUAGGGGAGAUUGUCACCCUGUGCUCUGGAGUCUUCUUCUUCCUCACCAAUAUUAAGGACCUCUUACUGAAGAAAUGCCCUGCGGUGAACUCCCUAUUUGUCAAUGGAUCUUUUCAACUGCUCUACUUCAUCUACUCUUUGCUGGUGAUAGUGACUGCGGCCCUCUACCUGUCGGGUAUCGAGGCCUAUGUGGCUGUGAUGGUGUUUGCGUUGGUCCUGGGCUGGAUGAACACUCUCUACUUCACCAGAGGCCUGAAGCUCACCGGCACCUACAGCAUCAUGAUACAGAAGAUUCUCUUCAAAGAUUUGUUAUGGUUUCUGCUGGUCUACCUGCUCCUCAUGAUUGGAUACUCGUCAGCUCUAGUGUCCCUCCUGACGGUGUGCCCAGGGCCGGAAAAGGUGUGUCCAGAGAAAGGUGGCUGCCCCACAUACCCCCAGUGCCGGGACACAAACACCUUCAGCAAAUUCCUGCUGGACCUGUUCAAACUGACCAUCGGGAUGGGCGAUCUGGACAUAGUCAGCAGGAGUCAGUACCCGGCUGUCUUCCUCAUCCUGCUGGUCACCUACAUCAUCCUCAGCUUUGUUCUACUGCUCAACAUGUUGAUCGCUCUGAUGGGAGAGACGGUGAGCCAGGUGUCCAAGGAGAGCAAGAAGAUCUGGAAGCUGCAGUGGGCUACGACCAUCCUGGACAUCGAGCGCUCCUUCCCUGUGUGUCUGCGGAAGUCCUUUCGGUCUGGGGAGAUGGUGACAGUGGGGAAGAACUGGGACGGCACCCCUGACUGCCGCUGGUGCUUCAGGGUGGAUGAGGUCAACUGGUGCCACUGGAAUCAGAACCUGGCCAUAAUCAACGAAGACCCGGGCAAGAACAUAACAGGGACCCUCCAAAGCUCCAGUACAGUUCAUCAAACUGUCCGUGGCCUGAGGAGAGAUCGUUGGUCCACAAUGGUGCCAUGGGUUAUGGAGCAGAAUAAAAGGCAGCAACCACAGGACCAAGUAUUGGAAAUGGAGCCACUGACCUCCUGACAUUGAACCUGUGCAGGGCCAAUGGGGGGCCCCGGGUCCUUCCUGCAGAUCGGAGGUCAUCAUACUCAAACGAACAGAAAAGUGUUGGGCCACAAAGUUUGCCACUUUGCACAAAACUCUGUUGCCAAAAAUAUGUAUUUAACUUCUUCGGGGUAGGGGGCAGCAUUUUCACUUUUGGAUAAAUAGCGUGCCCAAUUUCAACUUCCUUCUACUCAUCCCCAGAAUAUAAGAUGCAUAUUAUUAGUAGAUUUGGAUGGAAAACACUCUGAAGUUCCUAAAACUGUUUGAAUCAUGUCUGUGAGCAUAACAGAACUUAUGUAGCAGGACAAACCAUUCAGGAUUUUAAUUUUUUUGAGGUCACUGUCUUUUCAAUGAGUUUUCAUUGGGACACCAGAUUUCUAAGGGACUUGUUUGCAGUUCCUACCGCUUCCACUGGAUGUCACCAGUCUUUGGAAAUUGGUUGAGGUUAUUCCUUUGUGUAAUGAAGAAGUACGGCCAUCGUAAAUGAGGGUCACUUGAAGUAAACUGUUUGAGAGAGGCACAUUACCAAAAAAGUUGCGUCAGUUUGUUUUCUUUUUGUAUUGAACACAGAUCAUCCCGUCUUCAAAUUGAUCGAUUAUUAACGUUUAAAAAUACCUAACGUGGUAUUACAAAAGUAGUUUGAAAUGUUUUGGUAAAGUUUACAUGUAACUUUUGAUAUAUUUUGUAGUGAUGUUGCGCAAGUUGGAAGCUGUGUUUUUCUGGAUGAAACGCGCCAAAUACAUUGACAUUUUGGAUAUAUAUCGACGAAUUAAUCGAACAAAAGGACCCUUUGUGAUGUUUAUGGCAUGUUUAUUCAUGCUUUACCUUUCGUCAAAGGUAAGGCAUGAAUUAUAUUUUAUUUCUGCGUUUUGUGUCGUGCCUGCAGUGUUGAAAUAUGCUACUCUCUUUGUUUACUGUUGUGCUGUCAUCAGAUAAUAGCAUCUUAUGCUUUCGCUGAAAAGCCUUUUUUUAAAUCUGACAUGUUGGCUGGAUUCACAAUGAGUGUAGCUUUAAUUUGGUAUCUUACAUGUGUGGUUUAAUGAAAGUUUAAUUUUUAUAUCAUUUUAUUUGAAUAUGCGCUCUGUACGCAAGCGUCCCACCUACCCCAGAGAGGUUAAGUAUUAUAAGAAAAUCGAACAGAUUUUUAGAAAGUUAUGAAUCUAACGUAUGUUCAAGCCAACCAUUCAGUGCUCUAAUGACCAGUCUCCUCCAUGUGAGGAUUCUACUUGAAGGUUUUAACCCAGAGAGAAGGUGCAUCUUUACCUGGUCGCUGGUUCGAAUCCCCGAGUUGACUUGGUGAAAAAUCUGUUAAUGUGCUGUCGUGUCUUUGGCAUCAUUAAAACUGAAGAUUUAUUUAUCAAAUAACUCUGUAAUUAUUAUUACGCGAUUAAACUGAUUAAUCAUGUAACUGUAAUUAACUAGGAAGUCGGGGCACCAAGGAAAAUAUUCAGAUUACAAAGUUAUAAUUUUCCUAAUAUAACUUUAGUCUUUAGUCUUCGAAUUAAUGAAUUAUUAUUGACCUCCUGUUAGUCUCAUUCCAAACGUCGUAAAUUGUUGGUUAUCUGCACGAACCCAGUCUUCACUAUGAGUCAUCCAUACAUCAAUUCUCUUAAAAUAAUUUAUUUACUAACUAAGUAAUUCACAGAAAUUUCAUAAACAAACAGUAGAUAGUUACAAGGAAAUGAUAACUGAGUUUCCCUUGUGGGAGAAACCGGUAUCGCGGCUUGGUGGACAAAAAGGGAAGUGGGGGUCAACUGAGAUGAGACACUACAACGUUGAUAAUUAUAACAAUUGAAAUGCUGAUCCUUUGCAUAUGAAUGCUCACUCAUUCGGGAAUAAUUGCAAUCAAUAUAUAUAUUUACGCUCAGUGUGUCGUCGGGAUUUCUGUUGAAAAGUUUGUUUCUGUUGGAGAGUUUGUCUGCCCUCUCGCUGUCUCUGUCGUGGUUAGAAUGGAUAGUUCAUAGUGAAAUUCAUUCAUGUCGUUAUAGAUAGAGGUUUCGGCAGUUGUCGGUCUUCGCGUUCAAUGAUACCGAAUUCCUAGCUGCAGACUAGUAAUUAAUAUCAAAGACCUGUUCUUAUUCUGUCGGUAUUGAUAGUCUAAGAGUUUAAUCACAUAGUAUGGUUAAAAGAUUCAGCUAUCUACUCAAACCUUAGCUUAUACUCAGGUUUAUGGUCUCCUCUCAAACCUUGGCCCUCUCGUUAUCGAGGUAAGCUGGUCUGGUGAUAGAAAACCCGGUGGGUGUUUUAUUCGGAAGAGCAGAAAAGGGCCUGUCCCAGGACUCAAGGCCAUAACUGUGCUCAUGGGCGGUCCUCUUGAUUUAGUUAAACUCCAAAGGGAAUUGGAGUUUCCUUCAUUAAACAGUCCAAAAUCACAUUACACAAUUUCACAAACAGUAUCAUCCUCACUCAUUCAUCUUAUACAACAAUUACAUGUAAGCCUCAUAUCCGAGGCUAUUGUAUAAACAGAGUUAUGGUAAUGUGACCGUAUUGUCUCUCAUGAGUUUCACAAAAUUGUACCAAACGGACCAGUCCGUAGCUGGAUUCUUCACCGAUCUUUUAUACCUUCUCCAGAACAUAAAUGUUGUUCGGACCUCAAGUUCUGUGAGGUGGAAGAAAUUCCUUUGUUCUCUCGAUGAAAACUCCCUCUCUCUCUAUACUGUAGCCAUGAGGAGAUAAUCUCCGCCAGGAAUUUACGACCUGAGGUCGCAGCAGCCUGAGUGUAAGAGACAGAGAGAGGGGGAUGGUGCCCGCUGUACCCAAAGAG